AGACGUUGUCGUCAGCGCGAAGAGGAAGAGGUUACAAUGGCGCAGAACAUAACAAAUACUUUGAAAUACGCGAGGUUCAUCGCCUUAGCACAUAUCAUUGUCGGAGUGUUGCUGUUUGUGUUUGGAAUCAUCGAUCGCCUACAUGGCUAUUUUUGGACAGGGUAUGGAUGCUUUGGUAUUUGGUGUGGAGCUUGGGUAGGUUGAUUUGUGCAUUUAGGACUUUAAUUUUUUUGCGUCAACUCCAUAACGCAAGCAAAAGUUAUAUUUCCGCUUACAACGGACCGAAAAAGUAUGCACAAAGCCGUGUGCGCUCGGUAUAAACCUGCAAGACGACGGCAGCGUACACUGUAGCAUUUGGCGUUCUGACCGGCUGCAGAUGCUCUGAUUGAACGUUCGAUUCUUUUUCGAAUACAUUGAAUGUUGAUUUCACACUCUGUUGCUAAUGACAUUGACAAGGACGAGUUCGCGAUCGCCUGUCAUAUUGAUAUUUGUUUAAUCGAUUACUUCUCGCUCGAGUUCACUCUCAACUUUUCCGACUUUUUUUCAUCCUCAAGCGGAUGAUAGUUAUGAAGCCUUUAACAACAGCUGUAUCUUUCCGUGCACGUAUUCCUUCUAAAAAUGUAAAAAAAGGGAAGCUUCAUUGCUAGUAAGAUUGAAGGGAAAUUCGAAACUUAUUUCUAGUAAUUCAUUGGGUUCAUCGGUUUCCCAGAACAAGUAUCUUGGCGCUGCUUCGCAGACAUUACUAACCGAAGUUUGAUUAAACUUACUAAGCCUUUUACAAUGCAACUAAAGCAGCCUUCAAUGCGGAACUUGUAAGCUUAUUUACAUUUGUACUUAAUGCCGUGCUUUGAAAAUGCCCCAAUCACCCUAGCGAGCCUGUCAGUUGCACUCCUAAGUUGUACAUGUAAUAUAAUUAAGCUUACAACUAGAAGUAUGAAUUCAACCUAUUUUAGAUCAGGUUUAUAUAUCAUGUUGAAUACAGUACGUGUCAGCAUUAAUUUUUUCUAAAAUAUGUACCUAGUCUAGAAACCCCCAAGUUGAUAUUAAAAAUAAAGCGCGCAUCCAAAUCUCAUCCAUAGUUAAUGGAGGUGACUGGUUAUGAAGCCCGGCAAACAUCAAAGGAGCAAACAUUAAGAUGUCAAGAUUUAUGUUAGAAGGUCCACGACCCUGCACAAUCUUUUGUUUUGCGUUCAUACGUUAUGCAUGAAUUAUGUAACCAGCACGUUUCUAUUGGUUAAGUUCCUCAGUACGGAGUAAACAACUAUUGUGUUUUGUGCAGGGUCAAGGCCAAAAAAGAGAACAAAAACAUACAACAAAGAACUUUGUCGGGUUUCAUAACCAUUCCCUCAUUUAACUAUGUCUCAUCCAAGUAGGUUGAUCUACCCUCGUCCUGGCUGUCUUCAGUCUCCCUGGCAGUAGGAGCAAUUUUUGUCUUGUCAUGCAACAUUAGUACUCCUUCCCAACAACUGGCUGCUCACAUUCAAACCACAUUCUUUUCCAAUAUUGUUCUAUCAGCCACUGAAAUGAUCAUCAAUCAUUUAUCAACAAAUUAUAAGAAUGACAUCAGUUUUCACGCAAAGAAUGAGUCUGUGUUAUUUCUGGUUGUAUGGAUUGUGUCCGCCACAGUUCUGUUUUGCUUUCUUGCACUGAAUUAGCAGCGAUGAUUUCUGGGAAAAGCACACUUGCUCUGAGAGGAGCAACUUUAAACUAUAUAAAGCUUGGUAGAAAAUCCGGACAGUUAAUUUUCCAUUACCAAAAUAUUUUUUGGCAGGAAACAGCUGAUUGAUAUCACAUUUAUCACCCUUGUUCGUUGGUCCUGUCACUUUACAGUUGUAGAUGUUACAUAGGGUCAAAUUUGAUGUUAGGUUAAUUUUUAUUUAACCCAGGUUGAUUCUCAGUAUUCUCAGGAAAUAAUAAUUGAGAAUCAACCUUGGUUUAAAAAAAUUUAACCUGAAAUCAAAUUUGUCCUGUAAUAUGGACAUUAAUAUUAUAAUUAUUUUAAAGCUUGCAUGUUUAUAAAAAAAAGUCAUUGGAAUUGCAAGUAAAGAAAAAAAGUAUAUAGUGUCAAGUGGACUUCAAAUUCAAUUCUUGGCAUGGAUAUUAAUUGUUUGUUAAAUUGAUGCAAUCUUAAGUCUGUUUCAUGUGGAACAAAAACUAAUGAAUGUGAUGAGAGUGAACUCGACAUCACAUAUUUUUUGGCGAUAGCAUGCAGGUUAUGAUUUUACAGCAUGUGAAAGGAUAAUUUGGCAUGAAGCAGUUGCAGGAAAUAGAACAGUAGAGCUCUGUGAUUGGCUAAAAUUGGGAAAGAGUGUGGUUUGAAUGUGAGUAGCCAUUUGUUGAGAAGGAGUAUUGGGUGACAAGACAAAAAUAGCUGUGAGGGAGAGACUAGGCUGUCUUUUCUGAAUCAUAAACGUGUAAAAAUUUUCCAGAUGUGCAUCACAGGAGGUCUGGGGAUUCCAUCAAGUAAUAGAGAGAGGAGCCCCUCUAGCAAUGCCUUGGUAUGUACUGAAUAUAUCAGAGUUGGUUCAUUGAGUAGGUAUCUGUCUUCAGGAAUGUUUUUGUGUUUUAAUUUUUUUUUCUAAUGGACCAAUUUGUAUUAGGAACUUCUUCCUCUUUUGUCUUCUAAUGCAUAAAUGUUUUCAAUCAUCCAAAACUUCUUGAUGACUUUCAGGGCAAUCUCCACACAAAAUUAUAAGCUGAUGUUUAAUUUGGGUGAAACAUUUCUUUAAGUAUGUGGCAGAAUUACAAAAACUAUGCAUAAAUCAUGAAUGUAAAUUUGUUUCGGCCCAGUUUCCCAGCCUGCGCUCCCCCCCAAAACAGGCGGCUGGAUGCAUGAGUUUGCUAUUGUCAAUUACCACCAAUCAGAUCAUGAGCAGGCAGCAUAAAAUUUAUUUUCCUUUGACAAGCAGAUUUUAAACAGAAGAUUCAAAGAGGUGUUGUUUGAUGUAAUGUGCGGUCAUGUCUUAGAGCAUUUUAAGCUUAGAAACCUAAUUUAAAAAUUUUACAAAGAAAAGCGCUAUUGAAAGAAGUUGGUAAUUAAUGGUGAGUAUGUUUUUGAAAUUCAACAAACUUUGUUGCCAUGGAUACAAUCACAAAUGCUAUCAUUCAAAGACAAGUUUUAGAAAGUUUUAAAUUCUUUAUUGAACAUUAAGAAAAUUCACUAAAUUAAUUUUCUAGGCUGGCACAUUCAUGGGUUUUGCCAUCACUUCGACCGUGUUUGGUGGCGUGGUCAUCAUUUGCUACAGUAUCUCUGUGGCAAUUUACAGCCAUGAGCGGCGCUGGUACUGGGAAUCUCAUCACUCAGAAAUGGCCGUUACGGCGAUAAUCCUAGUUCUUGGCAUCGUUGAGUUUGCUAUCGGAAUCUGGGCUUCAGUCUUGUGUUGCUUGAUUGUCAAUUGCUGUUCUCCCACUUCUGCUCAGGUAAAAAUGAAUCAGUGUUUGCAACUUGCUUUUUUAUAAAUUCCGGACGAUUUUUAUUUUUAUUUUGAUCAGAUGCUAGGAGAGCGUAUAAGCAUAUAAAUUGCAGAAAUGAUUGACAAGUGCUUUACAGUGGAAGCUCUCAUGAGUGGAACCCUUGGGACACGAAAAAGGUGCCCAUAACUGGAGCUGGCUGCUUCUGGACAUGUAAACAUACAGAGUUUUGUGGGAGUUGAGAAAAACGGGGUUUUGUGAAGGUGGCCAUAAUUAUGUAGAGCAGCCUGUCUGUCUAUGAGAGUGUCCAUUAUGAGAGCUUUUUUUAAUCCACUGUAUUAAAAGCUGGCAGGAUAAGCUCAGUAAGUAGAGGGCUGGCCUGCAGAGCAGGAUGUUGCUGGUUCAAUUCCCUUUAAUUCACCACCUCCUGUAAGACAACAACUAAUUGCUCACAUUUUUAGGUGGUUGCUUAUGGGGAGUUCAAUACUGUACCCUUUCCGAGAGUAAACUGCUUGAAAACUGUACCGUUGACAGUGGCGCAUGCUUAUUAACUGUAGUAAUAAAGAUUGAAAAAUCUGUGCAGCAUAGUACUUAUAAAUGUUAAUUUCAAAAUUGUAAAACGGACGCUGUUAUUAUAAGAAUCUUAAUCGACGUUUCGGCAAUGCCGCCUUCUUCAGGGUAUACAANAAAAAAAAAAAAAAAAAAACAAACAAAAAAAAGGGGGGGGAGGGGGUUCAUUCACGUGAAACUAAAGUCUUGGUUAAGGCCUCUAGGGCCUACAGUCCCAUAUUUGAAUAUCAACCUCAUCUCCUGCUUCUUACGGUAUUCCUGGUUGGCUAGGCCUGCCUUCAAUACCGCAACCUUCAUGUCCUCCAGUGUAUGAUUUGGUUGGUUGAAGUGGGCAGGUACAGGAAGGUCAUUCCUCCCGCUAGUGAUAUCUCUGCGGUGUUCUCGAAAAUGUCCACCAACCUGCGUCCAGUCUCCCCAGUGUACACUAUCGAUGGACACUUAGUGCACGACAAGCAAUAAACCACGUGUUCAUUGAUGCAGGAAAAAUGUCCCAUGAUGUAAACAUGCCCUUUGGGUGUUGUAUUGUGGAUGAUGAAUUAACAUGGGGACAUGUGCGGCAAACGGUCCUGUUACAAGGGAAAGUACCUGGUGAUUGGUGUGGAAGGUUUUGAGGUAGGCUGUUUCUGACUAGCAGAUCCUUCAGAUUCUUGGCACGCCUGAAAGCGUUCAGUGGUGGUUUAUUAAAGAUCUUGCUUGUCCUGCUAUCCUCGCGAAGGAUCUGGAAAUUCCUUGAGAUUAUUUUCUCGACAGCAAGGUUACUGGGUUGGAAGGUAGUGACAAAAGGUACUCUAUCCUUAGCGAUGUUGUUAGCAGCGUCACUCUUCAAAAUUUCAGCCCUUGAUUUGGUCGGUGCUUCGUUCCCUUCCCCUCCUAAUGAGGUCAUUCGGAUAUCCGCGUACUGCAAAAAAGGUCUCCAUUUUUGCUGCAUUUUUGCGCGCAAGUGUGCCAUCAGGCACGUGAGCUAAUUUUAACGAACUUUUUAACGGUAUUUAGUCUUGUAUACCCUGAAGAAGCCAGCAUUGCCGAAACGUCGGUUAAGAUUCUUAUAAUAACAGCGUCCGUUUUACGAUUUUUAAAUUAACACUCAUUAACUGUAGCCUGAGAGUGCCUUCCCGGUUGGGUUUGACAUAGACUUGAUGUACAAAUUCUUCACAAUUUUAUCACACUCAGCCUCAUCAUUCAUUGAAAGUGGGUUGAGUGACUAUUGAUUUGAUAUCAAAUUCUCUUUUGGUUUCGAAAGCAAGUACAUUCAAUGUAGAAGGAGAAUUUAGCUGUUUAGAAGAAGUUGCUUAGGGCUUUUCACGCACCCCUUUAAUAUCAUAUUUAGUUAUCUGCACUGGAUCAAUGAAGUGUCUUUAUUUGGCAUAACUUUUUUUGCAGACACAAACAGUUAUGUAUGUCAACGGCCAGGGUGUGGUCCCUGGUGGUUACGUCAUGGCACAGGGUCCUGGUGGUGUCCCUAUGGCAUUUCCUGUGCAGCAAGCCGGAGGUGUCGCUACCGUUCCUGGUGGCCACACCCAGGUGGUUCACAUGCCUCCCCAAGGCAUGUUCCAGGUCGCUGGCCAGCCUCCGACAUACCAAAUGUCCACAUCUGGAGCUCAGAUGGGCCAGGUGCCCACAUUUGGAGCUGAGGGGGGUCACCCACCCCCCUAUAACCCAGGACAACAAGUAAGAGUAAUGCGUUUUGUUCUUGUUUAA